GCAAGACGCAGGCGCCCACCACGCCAGCCCCAUGCGCCAACCCCAGCAUGGACGUUACCCACACCGCCCAAACCCCCACGGCGCCUCGCCGUGACGGCUCUGCCGCACGCGCCGCCAACGAGCCGGACGCCGCCGAGGCCGCCGCCGCCGCGGCGCGGGAGCCGGCCAAGCAGCCGCGCAUCGGCUGUGAUGCCCCGCCGCUGCUGCUGACGUGGCCGGGCGGCGACGCCGAUGGCGGCGGCGGCGGCGGCGACGGCGAGGAUGGAGGCCGCGGCGGCAUCGCCGCUGCGCUGUCUACGCUCGUAGCGGCCGCCGGCGCAGCUCGUGCUGCAGGCGCCGGCGAGGGGGACACCUGCGGGCCCGCCGCGGCAGCGGCCGCCACUCACGCGCGACUGCAGGAGCCGUGCCGGCUGCUGGGCGCGUCGCUCGGCGCUGAGGCCGCCCGCGCCGUUGCCGGCGCCGGCGGCGCCGGCGGCGCGCUCCGCACGGUGUGGCGCGAGGCGCUCGCGACGCUUGGGCCGGGCGCCGCGGCGCCGUUCAUGCCCGCAACGCUCGACGCCGCGCUUGCUGCUUGUGGCGGUCCGGGCUCGGAUGGCGGGGAACUUCUGCUGAUGUCAUUUGUGGGUGCUGUUUCAGACGAG